ACGCCUUAAUGUCAUCAUUCAACCGAACCUCAAGUUCAUGUACGAACUCUUACAAUACGAACAGAAAUUAACGGGUAGAAUGAGUAUUAAUUGGUCAUGGUUAACCAAGGAGAUCCACGCUUUGAACAUGUUUUAUGUCGGUUCUUAG